UGAUUCACUGGGUUGGGCUUUGCCUCCACUCAGAUUCACUUUCUUCCAUGAGAAUGCUGUCGAAUUCCGGUCACGCACGGCCAGCCAGUGGACUCGCUCUCUCCCUGUUUCGACAAACUGAUCAAUCCGUCUAAGAGCUUCCAGUGUGCAGACGAGAGUUUCACAUCUGUCGAUGCAACUGUUGGUAUUUAAAGAAAUAUUGAACGGCGCGAAAGCAUUUUAUCGGGGGAGAAGCACGAGAAGAGGGUUUAUUAUCUUUGUCAGUUGAAAGAAGCGAAGGGAGAAUGCGGCUGGGCUCUCUGCUGUCCUGGUGUUGGGUGCUCAGGCUGUUGCUGUUGAAGAAGAGUCCGGCUUCAGCCGCUGGUACCUGGAGAAGGGAAACUUUCAGUCACCACGCCGUGCUGGACGAGAACGGCAAAUACCAUUUAAGGUGGAAGCUUGAGAACACGGUCAUCACCUUCGAGGUGGAAGUUGAAACCAGGGGCUAUGUUGGACUCGGACUUUCUCCAACCGGAUCAAUGGCUCAGUCGGACAUGGUCAUUGGAGGAGUUGCGAAUGGGCGCCCCUAUCUGAAGGAUUAUAACACUUUGAACUUUGAGGGAAAACUGAAUGAAGACCACCAACAGGAUUAUCGCCUUGAGUACGGCAUGGAAAACAAAACUCACACGAUUAUUGCUUUCUCACGAUAUCUGAAUUCAUGUGAUAACAAAGACAAGAUUAUCACGGAUAACACUGUUAGGGUGAUUUGGGCAUAUCAUCCUAAAGAUGUGCAGCACGAUCAUCCACAAUAUCAUUCAUCAAACCGUGGGAGGAAAAGUCUUCACUUACUGAACCCUGUGAUGGACACUUCUAUUGCUAGUGAUGUGCUUGUAUUUGAAAUAAGGCAUUAUAACGUCACAAUACCUAAAAAGGAUACUACCUACUGGUGUCAAAUCUUUAAACUGCCAGACCUGACCAAAAAGCAUCAUGUGAUAAGGGUUGAACCAAUUAUUCAGAAAGGUCAUGAACAUUUGGUGCACCAUAUUCUCCUUUAUCAAUGUCACUCUAUCCUGAAUGAUAGUAUCCUCAGCAUUGGACAUGAAUGUUACCAUUCCAAUAUGCCAGAUGAUUUUUUUAACUGUGAAAGUAUUAUUUUAGCAUGGGCAAUUGGAGGAAAGGGAUUUUCCUAUCCAUCCAAUGUUGGACUUUCACUUGGAACAUCAACUGAUCCGGUUUAUGUAAUGAUGGAGAUACACUAUGAUAAUGUAAAUUAUCAGGAAGGCUAUGUAGACAGCUCUGGGUUAAAACUGCUGUAUACACCUGUGUUGAGAAAGUACGAUGCUGGAGUUAUUGAAACUGGAGUUUGGGUCAGUCUUUACCACAUGAUACCACCCAAUAUGCCAAGUUAUAUUUCACAGGGUCAUUGCACCAUGGAAUGCCUAGAGGAGGCUUUGUCUCAGGAAAAAGCAUCUGGGAUCAAUGUAUUUGCUGCUCUUCUCCAUUCACAUCUUGCAGGACGAGUUCUAAGGAUAAGGCAUUUCAGGAAUAAUGUAGAGCAACCUCUCCUUGCACAUGAUGAUGAGUUUGACUUUAAUUUUCAAGAAUUUCGCUAUUUGAAAGAGGAAAGAGUUCUUCAGCCGGGCGAUAGUUUAGUGACUGAAUGCCAAUACAAUACUACAUCUCGCAGCAAUAUGACAUGGGGCGGCCUAAGCACAAGAGAUGAAAUGUGCUUGUCAUACCUUCUAUACUACCCUAAAAUAGAUCUUUCCAGAUGCGAGAGUCUUCCUGAAAUACUUCCACAGCUGGAAUUUAUUGGAGUGAGAGAAAUUAUCCAACCUAUCAAGACGUGGCCAUUUAUCAUCAAAAGUCCCAAGAAAUAUAAGGACCUUUCCUUCACUGAAGCCAUGAAUAAAUUUCAAUGGUCUAGGAAGAAAGGAAGAGAAUUUAACAGCCUUGUACACAGCAUUGAAAUGAAUGUUAGAUGUUCUAAGCAUAACGAAGAGGAAUGGCACGUACAUGGCAUACCAGUAUCACCACCAUCACUGAAUCCUUGGGAACCAAAAUCGGAAAUGGAGCCAGUUACCUGUCGAACAGCUUGGCAGUAUUCAGAUCCACUCCCUGUACUUUUUUCAUUAAUCUUACAUAUUGUUCUUGCUACAGGAAUCUAAUUUUUUUGUAUAAACUUAAGCGUACUAUACAUUUUCACUUUUAAACUCUAUGCUGAAAUUGAAUUUGCACUGUCAAAUCACUUUCAUCUUUGAAAGAUAAUCCCUUUCAAAAUUAUAAGUUACAAUUUUGAUAAACAUUUUUGCAUUAUCAUUUCAAUGAAUCUUGGGACUGGUCAAGCAUUACCAUGUUUCUGUUUUUAUUAAAAGACAAGAAUCUCUUCAGAAACAAGAGUGCUGCCAGAUGUUGUGAAUUAGGGCCUUUUUCCUCCUGGAAAGGAUGACAUCACCAUGACUAUCAUGUGUUUCACAGCUGUAUUUUAAAUUUUCCUUGACAAAUAAAAUAAAAUACAUGUUUGUGAGCCAAAA